AUGUGCAUGAAUUACUUUGCAAGUGUGGCAGAGGUGGAGAAGAACAAGGCAAAACUGACUGAAUUGACCAUACCUGAGACUCAAGAGCAAGAAGCCAAAAAAAUAGCACCACUGGAGCCAGCUCCACCAUGGAGAUGUCACAAGAUUUGCUUGGAGCACCAGAGAGAGGAGCAAGUAACCCUGCCAACUGCCAUGGUGACUGAUGAGGAGCUUUUGAAGCUCCUGAAGGAGCCCACAGAAGAGGAGCUCUCCAUGCCUCCAGAGGAGGCCCUGCUCAAGUGUUAUGACUGCUUUGCUGCUGUCCUGACAACCAAUGUGCUGGAAAUGGCGGCUCUUCUCAACCUCCUUGCCAAUGAGAAUAGCCCCUGGCAGCUUCUGCAUCUCAUCUCAGGGAGCAUCCCCAACAUCCGCUCCAAGAGCGCUGGUGGGGUCCAACACAAUGGCCUUUACACCAUCUUCAUUGGUCAAGUGAACAAGUCCUAUACCUUCAAUCCAGAGUCACUGCUGAUCCAGGACAUCACCAAGAUUCCCAAGCUCAUGGCCUACAAGAAGCCCUCCCUCAUCAAGAGGUGGAACCCAAACAGCCUGGACAGUGGCGCAUCAACUCACCUCAUCCAGUACCUCAACUUCUUCUUGACCUUCACCCCGCUCUUCCAUGGCAUCAGCUCCUAG